CCAGCGCAUUCUUUUCUACCUAACCAAAUAUCAGACGAGGAGCGCAUUCAUUGAUGUGACGAGUACAACAGAUCCCCUCUUCGAAAUUUACUUCACAAAUAGUCGAACCUGACCGCGUGACCAAAUUUUGACGUAGCCAGGCGCUCGUGGCGGUGGUCGAGUAUUGCAGAUUCCCUUUUCGAAAUUUACUUCACAAAUAGGUUGGAGGUGUGAAAGUGUGAUUAUGGCUCACGGCGAUUUACGAUUCUGUUCUACCAAAGAGACCACGAAUUAUGCGCGGUUCUGUCGCCUUCUUAUUGACGUAGGAACGCAAGUCCUAAGAGAGACCUUUGACAGGUUACGUCCAUGUCCUGGAGAGUCACUCCACCUGGUAUUGAGAAGUCCAUCGGUUUAUUCCAUCUUAAACUCCUUACGAAAAAGAAGAGUGUUGAAUCCAAUCCAAUGGGGAAGGCUGUAUCCUGUCAUUAGAACCAAUGUUUCAUCAGGAGACUUUGACAUCACGUUGCUAACUCUUUUACUUCGAAAUAUUUGUAACCUUGUUCCUCCUGCCACUGGUUGGAAUUCAUUACCCUGUGCAGCGGAGACAUCUACUGCAGCUGACAUUGUUCGUUUGAAGGCCUUUAGAAACAGGAUAUAUGGUCACGCUGCAAAUGCUUCAAUCGAUGACCCAACAUUCCAUCAACUGUGGCAAGAUAUAAAAGAAACUUUACUGCGACUUGGAGGGGAACACUUUGCACGCACUAUUGAUGAUCUCAAAUAUGAAUGCAUGGACCCUGAUUUCGGGGAAUUCUACAGGGAGUUAAUUGAGGAGUGGGUAAAGGAUGAGAUGACCAUUAAAGAAUCAUUAGAUAAGAUUGAAAAAAGACUGGAAUCUCUCGUUUUGGAUUGGAAUCUUGAACGUAGGAGAUCAGAGAUGGAAGCACAACAACCAAGAUCAGUCGUUUCGGUAGAAAAAGGAAAGCCAAGUAGCGACAGAAGUGUGCAAGAUCAUGAAUUUUCUCAAAUAUCACCCCAAGGAAAUCCUGGAAAUGAGGUCAGUAGCACUGCUGUCGGGAACACCAACGUCAAUGCUUUUAUGAAAGCUACAACUAAUCAGUUAGGGUCGGGCGUAAUCUCAACACUAUUUGCAGGGGCAAACAUUGGAACUGUUCAAGUUGGAUCACUAAACGUUUAUCAAGGAAAUGUAAAGUUAGUUCACGGCGAUGAAAAUAAGCAAAUAAGUCAUAGUGAUAAAAAGGAUUGAUUUUGUAAAGGGAGAUGUUUUCUAAUCUGCCGCUGUCGUGCCUUUCAACGUCUUAGAGAGAGAAGCGUAACGUCAUUACUUACACUAUUCCAAACUUUAGGGGUAAAAAAAAAGAAAAGAAGCUAGUUGAAAAAGAAAGACGACAAAAGAAAGCUAAGAAUGUUAGUUUUAAACGGAAAGCCAGAAAAGGCGUAGUUUUAAUCUGCCAUUGAUAUUUGGCAAUAAUAAUUGACUUAACCUUAGCUUAAAACGUUUACUAAAGAGAGAAGCUAUAUCUCAUCAAUAGGCUCUUUGCAUGACCUCAUCACGUGAUAAAAGUUCGGUAAACACGAAAACAGUACACUUUUGUAAAAUUUUGUUAGCAUAAGCUGAAAUA